GUGAGGCUGUGCGGUGUGCGGAAUGCGUGGAGGAGCGGCGGUCGCCAUGGCGACAGACAUGUUCCGCUACAUGUUCGCUUGCACUGGCGGCAAGGAGGAGGGCUACCAGCAGCAGCAACGGGUGCAGCAGCUGUUCCAGCCGGUGGGCCAGCAGCUGGACGCGCUGUCGGACGGCUGCCACACGCCGAGCCCAGGCAGCCAGCGGUCCGUCACCCCCGGCUGCGAGGUCGCCGCGGCAACCCCGGGUCCCGACCUGCUGCCGCGGUACACCGCCCUCGUGCCGCCCCUGCACCUCGCCUACCGGGAAUCAGUGGAGGAGUUCAUCGCACCCGACCUGCACCCACUGGUGCUGCGCUACGGUGAGCAGCAGCAGCAGCCGGCGCCAGCUGCGGUGAAGCAGGAGCUGUGCAAGGUGGAGCAACUGAGGUACGCCGUGCAACAGCCGCUGGUACCGGUCAUCAAGCAGGAGACCACUGCCGGUUCGCCUGCCAAGGCUUCCUUACACCUGCCCGCCAAUUCGCCCACUUCCGACGACGGUUUCGCCGACGACGACGACUGGGACGGCGACGACGACGAAGAGGGCUGCUUGGCGACCGCGGGGGUGGCGAGGCGGCGCGGCGGGGGCGGCAGCGGCGGCGGCAGCGGGCGGGCGGUGAGUCCGCUGGUGAUGCGGCGGCGGCGGCUGGCCGCCAACGCCCGCGAGCGCCGCCGCAUGCAGAACCUCAACAGGGCGUUCGACCGGCUGCGCACGCACCUGCCCUCGCUCGGCAACGACCGCCAGCUCUCCAAGUACGAGACGUUGCAGAUGGCGCAGACCUACAUCACCGCCCUCUACGACCUCUUGCAGUAGCUGUGUUGCUACUGCGCCGAACGGUAAACUUUAACACCGUCGAUGUGUCAGCUCUAAGCUACCUUCGCGCCGGUCAGUGCUGCAACAUUGCGAUAGACAUUUUAGAUCGCUGGCAGUUAUUUUCUGUUCACGAGGCUACAAGUACAGCUACAAUUCCGGACAUUUUGCGCCGACAGAGGCGAAUUGCUAUAGAUCCCCACGCUGGUUCCAUAAGCACAGAUUAACACCCCACUAUGACCUAAGUUUCAGCUGUAAAGUGAUUUUGAAUUUAAUGCAAUUAGGAAGCUACAGCGGUCUAUGUGCCGAGAAGAUACGUUUUUAUUUAUUUUAUUUCAUUCUUUCUCUCUCUCUCUCUUUUUCUGUACACCAAAACGUACAUUGUGAAUCCUCCAGUGUGUCCUCUGCACCGGUACGUGGUAUGCUUCUCACAGGGGUAGUCAAAGCUUUAAUUAACAUUUCAAAAUAAUUAAAAUUAUGUAAUUACACUUUUUGUUUAUUGGCAGGUACAUGUCUGCAGUCCUGGUAAACAUUGUAGUAACCUUGCCACAGCACUGCACUCAUGGCUAUAGCUCCUCAGUGAAGUGGAGAUGGGCCGCCACUAUUUUCUUAUUGUUGCUUUAGCAGAUCGUUGUAGUACUCGAGCAAGAUGAUUUCAGUAUGUAUCAGGACUGCAGACUUGUACCUGUCAACAAAUAAACAAUUAAUUAUGUAAUUUUUAAAAUGAUGGAACUCCAGGUUGCAAUAUCAACAAUAUAAUAAAAAAAGGUAGAUUGCUGCUCACCAUAAAAAUGACAUGUGGAGUCACAGACAGGCAGAAUAUAAAGACAUUCCAGAAAAGGAAACGCAUGCACAUUCAUUCACGCUAAAAAGCACACCUCAAUGCACACAUGACUGCCAUCUUCAGCACCUCAGACAGGAUUGUCACCAUUCAGGUCCGAGCUGCCAGAGGUCGUCGUCAUAUGCAUAAGGUGUGAUACUGAUGUGCUUGCUGUGUGUGUGUGUGUGUGUGUGUGUGUGUGUGUGUGUGUGUGUGUGUGUGUGUGUGCGUGCAUAUCUUUUUUCUUAAGAAGGCUUAAAUGUAAAACUGUCUUCCCAUUGUGCCUAUCUGCAACUCAGUGUCAGCUUUAUGGUGGUUUCCUUUUACUGAUGUUUUAAAGUGAUAAUUAAAACCACAUAAUUACAACCACUUGUACUAUUUUCACUUGUGAACACCAAGGCAUGUAACAUUUUGGGACUCAGUUUCUGUCUCUUGUAUUGUCACUGAACAAAAAAAACUAUCAUACUUCUUUGUUCCUAGAGUAGGAAAUCAUAUCUCAGAAGCCAGCAGUGAAUUCACUUUAUUGUUUUAUGGUUGGAAUAGUACAGAUAAUGUUCUUGUCUUAAUUGUUAUUAAGCCAUCUCCAAGCUAAAAGCAAAACACAGGAAUGGUUCUAUGACUGGCAUCAAAUGGUCCAUGACAUAAAGCAGCAACCACCCUCCUGUAAGUCAGUAUCAGAUCUGAAAGAGGUAAUUAGAGUUAAAUUUAAAAAAUGUGAUCUAGACAUGUAUUAAUAAAAUUAUUUGUUUCCUUUAGUGUAUUUUUCCGUCCUUUAUCCAUAAUGAAGGCUAUUUCCAGAUAGCAUGAUCUGCAGUAACAUGAAAGUCAACAUCAUCAUAUGCAUGCCACAUCUCUCACCCACCUGCAUAUAUGCACUCCACUCAAGUUCAUAACCUACUGAAUCAGCUAGGUGUGUGACAUUCAUUUAUACUGAUGUCAACAACCAGUAUCACACUAUUCAGUUUUUCUUCUGUUUGGAAAAUAUUAAAAUUCAAAAUUCAAGAAGUUGAAUUUGAGUAAAUGAAGCAAUACUUUAUAACUGAAUAUAUUUUUAAGGAAGCUGUAGAUUCCAGAUGGUAGCUAAUGUCAAAAUAGAUUUGUCUGAUGUAACAGACAUACCAUUAUUUCAUCAACUGAUUUGUGCCAUAUGUUUCGUAACUGGAAUACAUUGCAUUACUACUGACUGUGCAAACAUAUUAUCUAGUCUUUCCCACCCCCAUUUCACUUUAUUACCCAUUAAGUUACUUCGGUAUAAGCUGUUCUAUUGUUUACCCAUAUAAUAACUAAGCAGUGUUGUUGGAGCUCUUCCUUUGAUAAUAAUUUCUAGACUUUAUGCUUGUUUGGCAUAGAACAAAUGUAGAUAAUGUGGAACAGAGAAUGCAAACUUCAGUGGACAUAAAAUAUAAGUACCUGCUUUCAUAUUUGUAUUUAUUUUUGUGAUUGUUGAUCCCAGAAUGCUGUACUGUAUUUUCUUAUCCUUUCCUGUAUAUUAUUAAGACUGCUGUGAAUGUUGUUAAAUGAGUCUGUUUCUGUCUAUACCAGUGUACCUCAUAAUUUCAGGUUUAUGAUUGUUUAGUUCUUGAGUGAUAUUAAAAAAGUAGAUGUUUGUAGUAUUUUAAGUUUUCAGCCAUGUAGAUCUGUGCAGUUUGAAUUUUUCUCUAGUUACUUUCAUUCAUUAUCAUAACUGUAAGCUGUGUUAGAAAAGAUCAGAUUUUGUUUUUUAAAAUGAAGACCAAAUUUUUUAAAAUCAAUACUGAAAUACUAGUUAACUAUCUCAAAACUAGAGCUACAUUUUUCGCUUCUGAUAUAUUAUUAUAUCUGGUCAUACAUCUGUUUGUUGUGCAGGUUUGAGUAAAAAAAUAAGCCUUAUUUUGUAUGUAGCCCAUACGACAAUUUACAGGUUGUAGAUAUUCAUUGACAUACAUAGGUGUAGCAGCUAUGUGUUGUGCAUACUUACAUCUUCUAAGAACAGUAUUAUGUUUAGCAUUUAAAUCUUGUACAUAUUGUAUAUAUUUUAUUAAUAUGUUGUGA